AUGGAUGAAUUGUAUGAAUCGUGUGAAAGAGGUGAAGAGAUAUUCAUAUCACCUCUUGACCCUUUGGUAUCGCAAGAGAUGGCCAAUAUCAACGUCAAUGAAGCUUCCGAUAUGGUCAACUAUCUUUACUCUGAAAGCCAAAUACAGUUUAAAGGCAAAUACAUUACCGAUUUUAAGUUCAAGUUAUCUUCAACUAAUUUUAAUGACACUGAUACAACCUGUUCAGAUGAUCAAGGUGUAGAACUAGGAUACGACUAUUUAGUAUCAAUGGGCUGUAGAAAUUGUGGUUCAUUUGUCGAUUUUAAUAAUACCCAUAUGUUCUUUGGCUUUGAGGAUUCAACCGAAGAUCAGCCAAAACAUAGACCAAAUAAGUUUUUAAGGUGUGAAAACUGCAAUUCAAUCAUCUCGCCAAUAUUUACAAAAAAUCAGUCCGAUUCUUUCUACAACAUAACAAAUAGAGAUGAACAAGAAGAUGAUAAAGUAUAUUUAUAUGGAAUGAGGAGUGCGUAUGUAUUUGAUGAUAACGAGAAGCAAUGGUGGAAGGAUUCAGUUUAUGGCUCUUACUCAAGUAACAAGUUGCUCCAGGCGAAAACUGCAAAUAAGUCAGGAAAACAAACUGUCAAGUACAACUGUGAAAAGUGUGGGCACGACACUCAUUUAUAUUCCACAUUCCAAGCAAGAUCUGCUGAUGAAGGAAUGUCAAUCAUGUACGAAUGUAUUAAGUGUAAAAACCGUGUUGUCAUCUCAACAUAG